AUGCGUGUUGUUCUUCUGUCCACAAUUCUGUUUGGUGCCGCCUCCGUGGCGACAAAGAUAUAUGCGGCAUCUUACUCUGGCACCGUGACUACUCUAUCGCCAAAGAGCAAUAACGGAAGUUAUGGGCUGUCAAUUGUUGCACAGACGAAAGACUGUGGGAUUAGUCCAUCGUGGUUGACAUUGGAUGCUGCCAACAACUUGAUCCUCUGCCUCAAUGAGGGAAUAGGGGCUCCAAAUGGUAGUCUGACUUCCUUCAAAGUCAACUCCAAUGGGUCCCUGACUACGCUGGAUGUUCUCGAAACUGUUUCCGGUCCCGUUAUGUCGGCUAUUUAUACUAUUCCUAGCCAACCUGGACGGCGUUUUGUUGCUGUUGCACACUAUUCAGGCUCUGCCGUCACGGCCCACACACUGGACCCAAAGUCCGGUGCUUUAGAGCAGACUCAGAAGUUCACCUAUGAGCUUGCUGCUCCUGGUCCAGUGCCCGACCGGCAAGAUGCUCCUCAUCCACAUGGAGCCAUCGUUGAUCCGACAGGUCGCUUUGUUCUGGUUACUGACUUGGGCAUGGAUCAAAUUCAUAUCUUCAAGAUUUCUCCCUCAAGUGGCCUUCUGCAACCCCAGAAGCCUUUCAUGGUGAAACCCGGGUCAGGACCACGACACGCCGUCUUUUGGACACCCAAGACCGAUGCUACCUCUAUCGAUAACACGUUCUUGUAUCUUGUGUCUGAAUUGGGCAAUACCUUGAGCGCAUUCAAGGCUGACUAUUCCCGCGGCGGCCUGACAUUUGUUAAGGUUCACGAGGAGAGCACCUAUGGCGGGAAGGCUGCCCCAAGUGGCUCCAAGGCCUCAGGAAUUCAAAUUUCGCCUGAAAAUGAUCGCAUUAUAGUUUCCAACCGCGGUGAUGUUACCUUUGGCAAGGACGGUGACUCUUUUGCUGUCUUCACCGGCAUCAACACCCACAAAAACCGUGCCACGAAUUUCACAUUCGUCGGCUUGUUUCCAGUUUACGGUUCUUUCCCACGUGAAUUCACAAUUAAUGGCCAUGAUGGAGCGAUGGCGGUGGCAUUGCAAAACAGCCACGAGGUGGCUUUAGUUCAGUGGGAUGAACAGACGAAGAGCCCAGGAAAGCUUCGCACUAAACUGACCUUGGAUGGAGAGAUUCCUGCUGCAAUCUGGGGCCCCUGA